AUGUGCUCAAAAGACCUCAAUGAGAAUCUCAAUACUUCUAAUAAUGUCACAGCCAUGAAAAAUAAUCCCAAAUUAUGUAGCAUAUGUCAAAAACAAACCUUUAAAUAUAAAUGUCCCAGAUGCUUCGUGAAAACAUGUUCAUUACCUUGUUCCAAAAUGCAUAAAUUGACCCUCAAUUGUUCAGGCAAACAGUAUGAUCCCACAGAAUAUGUAAGUAGCGAUGAAAUAAAAACCCUGAGCAAAAAGAAAAGAAAACAUGAUUCUAUCACCAGAGAGGAAGGAAAAGGAGAAAAUGAGGAGGAAGAAAACAAUGUUUUGGUUCAAAGAGAUUAUAAUUUUCUAAUAAAUCUAAAUAGAAAAUUAUCCAUCGUAAAACAGGAUGGCAGAAUUAAAAAUAAGAAAACAUUGCAAUUGUAUAGGAAAAAUAAUACCGAAACCAGUAACAACAAUCAUUAUGGUGAACCUCAAGUUGAUAUGAUUACUAGAAGAGGUUGUAAAUGUAUUUUAUUACCUAAGGGUAUGAAAAGAUCCAAUAUGAAUAAAAGUAAGUGGGAUAAUAACUUACAAAGUUUUCUAUGGACAAUCGAAUGGGUAAUUUGUUCCAACGAUGUUGAUAAUGCUACUGAGACCAAUAAAUUGAUCAAUUUUUAUACACACAGAAAUAAUGAAAAUGAUGAAUUGUUAAAAAUUUUAGCAAACUGUAGAAAAGUAUGUUUUUCCAUUAUUAAUGAAAAUAUAUUGAACCAAGAAAAGAGCAAUAUGAGGGUGAAUGUUGCUAAAUCAGAUCAGGAGCAAGACCAUGUAUAUACCAAUGAUAGAUCUGUAAAUGCAAAGACCACGGAUACGACAGUAGAUAACAAUUGUGGUACUGCUGAUAAGGAUGGAGAUAGGCAAAACGAACACAAGAUGGUAUUUUUACCUGAAAAUAUUCCUCCAGCUAAUACUGAAAAUGAUAUAACAACUGCUAAAAAAAUAAUUCAACAAAGAUUAAUGAAACUAACGGAGACGGGCAAGUUAAAAAUAUAUAUCAAAGAUUUUCCAAAGUAUGUUAAUGGUUACAUGGAUAGUAAGAAUUUGAAAGAAAUAUUUCUAACUGAAGGCUUGAAACUGGGCGAAAUCUUUUUAAAUGAGAAAUGUAUUGAGUUUCCAACCAUAUUUAUUAGCGUAAAUGGCGGGAAAUUUGAUGGUUUUAAUAUAAUUGAAGAAGGACGACAAGAGCAAAAAAACACGGAAGAUAGUGAUGAUAACAGCUCAGAUGAUGAACCCACGGAGGAAGCAUCAAAUAAACCCGAUAUUGCUAAGAAACCAGAAGUCUUUGGAAAUGAAAUUAAGGAAAAUCAAAUUAAAAAAGAAACUAAAUCUAUAAAAAAUAACUUGAUUACCCCAAGCAAUGAAGAUAUUGAAUAUUCAGAUGAUGAUGAUGAUGAUGAAUAUGAACCAGGUAUAACUUUAGAUUUCUUGGCAGAUUGA